AGUUGGAGUAGGAAAUUCCUUCGUGGGGUUGACAUGUACUCGCAAGGACGAAGUUUUUUUUGUAGUUGCUUCGGCGUCGUCUUGUCCGAUUCCAACUGCUAAUUUCCCAAGCAAUUGCGUCUUCAAUACGAACCAGAGAGGACUUUGACUUUGCCAGCCAGUCGGGGCUGGGUCUUCCUUCUUAUCUGCCCCUCCCCGUCUCCCUCACGCACUUCUCCUGUCUCCUCUCGCCGGCCUCUCCGGAAGCAGCUGGGAGAGCCAUGGUGCGGGCGAGUCUUCUCGCCGUGCACGACGCCGUAGCGAGCGGCCACCUCAGCCCCGUGGCCGUCGUGGCGCUCGCGGUGGCCGCGACGGUGGCCGUGGCGGCGAUCGCGGCUUUCGGGUGCGCGCAGGGCGCCAAGAAGCAGAAGCCGCCCAGGCAGAACAACAACGUCUACUACUACGGCCAGGGAUACCCGCCGCCCCCCGCGGGAGCGUACGGCUACCCGGCGCAGCAGCCGGCCCCCGGCUACGCGUACCCGCAGCAGCAGCAGAGCGCCGGGAGGCCCGGCCGCAGCGGCCUCGGGUCCGGCGCAGCGGGCCUCGCCGUCGGCGCGGUCGGGGGGCUGGCCGCCGGCGCGGUCAUUGGCUCGGCGCUCAGCUCCGGCGGAGGCGGGUGCGGUGGCGGUGGUUGCGGAGGCGGUGGCUGCGGUGGCGGUGGUUGCGGCGGCGGGUGCGGCGGUUGACCUCGUCGUAGUCUGCGGUGGUUGUAUUCACGUGAUUUUUAAUCCAAAUAUAUCCGUGUGAUUAGCAUGCGUUAUUGUAAGUUUGUUCACGAGUUUGAAUUGGAAUGGUGUCACUUUUUAUCAUGUAAUUCCAGUUCUGGUGAUGUCUGACCAAGUAUUAGAUUGUUUCCUCUUAUUUUAUUUUGAA